UGCCCUAACUUGCCAUUUCUUAUACUACUAAACCACAAAUCCACAAUUAGUUUAAUACCUUUGUGAUUUUCUAUCCAAAACCACCCCAACAAUUUUGGCGAAUUAAAUUAAGCAGCUCCAGGUUUUGGAACAGUGGUUUUGCCAUACCGCUUUCCUCACGCUUUACAAUACCAUUACCACCUUCUUCCAAAAUAGAACUCUCUCUUUCGUUAAUCUCCGCUUCAACCUCGAAUUAAGAAGAGAAAAUGGGGAGAGGGAAGAUUGUAAUUCGUAGGAUCGAUAAUUCGACGAAUAGGCAAGUGACUUUCUCAAAGAGAAGGAAUGGAUUGCUUAAGAAAGCAAAAGAAUUAUCAAUCCUUUGUGAUGCGGAGAUUGGGUUGAUUAUCUUCUCCAGCACUGGAAAGCUCCAUGAUUUUGCAAGCACCAGCAUGAAAUCUAUAAUCGAACGAUACAACAAAGUCAAGGAGGAGCAUUACAAUCUGAUGAAUCCCACUUCAGAGAUCAAGGUAUGGCAAAGGGAAGCGGAAAACUUGAGGAAACAACUACAGUAUUUGCAAGAAAGCCAUAGGAAACUUUUGGGAGAGGAACUUGCUGGAUUGAACAUUAGAGACCUCCAAAAUCUGGAAAAUCAACUAGAAACGAGCUUGAAAGGUGUCCGUGUGAAAAAGGAACAAACUCUGACCACUCAAAUCAACGACUUAAAUCAGAAGGGAAACGCCAUUCAUCAAGAGAAUAUGGAACUUUACAGGAAGAUGAAUAUUAUUGUCAAGGAGAAUGAGGAAUUGCGGAAAAAGGUUUACGGUCCGGGAAGCACAAGUGAAGAAAACAGGGUUCCCCACAAUACACACAAAAUCAACGAUGGAUAUUCUUUUAUACCUAUAAAUCUUGAGCUGAGCCAUCCACAAAAGCAAACAAAUGGUGCAUCAAAAGAUGCAAUGAAUUAGGGGUUAGCUCCAUUUAACCUUAAUUCACACAUAUGUUAGGCACUAAGAACGGUUUCCCCUUGCUUGUUUUAUCAAAUGACUAUAAAAUUGACUCUUGAACAGGCUUCAACUGCAGCAAUGACACGCUGGCAGCACAUGCAAUGUGUUUAGCAGUUCUAAGUCAAGUCAUCUGACAAUCCUACUGAACAACUCAGAUGGACUUGAUAUUUUGUGGUUCACAAUGUGCCUGCAAACGGAUGGCCAUCCUGUUCAUUACCUGUGGAAAGACUAGAGAUUUUUAUGUACAUAGUCCCAUGAUUGUUGUAAUAAUGGCAGAAGGAAGAAGCAAGGAAUGUUUAAGGUUAACUCGAACUAAUAUCGUGGUAAUUGAUGUCGCCAGCAGUAGUCCCUACUAAUUCUUGUUAGAUAAGAUAAUGCUAAUACACUGGAGACAUGUCAUUAUAGGAUGCUUCAGUAAAUGUGAAAGUUAAAAUCGCCAUUAUUGGGGGUUGGGAAGGUAACAGUAUAGUACUAGUCCGUCAAACCAUAAUAUAUACUAGGAAUUAUUUAUUUUCAGUUGAUGGCAUGCAACAAACUUAAACCGUAGGUCCUGCAAAAACUCAACAACUUACCACAGAAACUGGUUUAUUAAUAGUACAUUAUGCGUGUGGAUGCUUGUGCUGAUGUAUAUGAGGUCCAUAUCCCGUUUCAUAAAGAUCCGACAUUUGGUGGCAUCAACCUCAUUGUUGAAUCACCAGACCACUUCACUAUACAGAUUUAAUAUAUUCAUUACCAAACCUUAAAAAAAUGGUAAACUGCUAAUCUGCACAAAGUCACAUUUAUGCUUGAUGCUUGUGCUGAUGUAUAUGAGGUCCAUAUCCUGUUUCAUAAAUAUCCGACAUUUGGUGGCAUCAGCCUCAUUGCCGAAUCACCAGAUCACUUCACUAUACAGAUUUAAUAUAUUCAUUACCAAACCUUAA